CAGGUGCUGCUCAUGGUGGGGCUGCCGGGCUCCGGGAAGACCCAGUGGGCUCAGAAACAUUCCCAGGAAAACCGGGAGAAGCGCUACAACAUCCUGGGAACAGAGGCCGUCCUGCACCAGCUGCGGACGAGGGGUCCGGACGUGGAAGAGCUGGAUGCCAAGAGCAGAGACCUGCUGACUCAGCAGGCAGCCCAGUGCCUUAGCAAGCUGGUCCAGAUCGCUCCCCGCUCCAAGCGGAACUUCAUCCUCGACCAGUGCAACGUGUACAACUCGGGGCAGCGCCGGAAGCUCUUGGCCUUCAAGGGCUUCUCCAGGAAAGUCGUGGUGAUCGUCCCGACGGAGGAGGACUGGAAAAAGCGGCUGGAGCUGCGGAAGGAGGCGGAAGGGGAGGACGUGCCCGAGUCGGUGAUGCUGGAAAUGAAAGCGAACUAUUCCCUGCCGGAAAAGAACGAUUACCUGGACGAGGUGGUUUACGGGGAGCUGGGCAAGGAGGAGGCGCAGCCCUUGGUGUCCCGGUACAAGGAGGAGGCCCGGAAGCUGCUCCCGCCCUCCGAGAAACGGGCGAACCGGCGCAACAACCGCAACAAGCGCAACCGGCAGAACCGCAACCGCGGCCAGGGAUACGUCGGGGGCCAGCGCCGGGGCUACGACAACCGCGUGUACGGGCAGCAGCAGUACUGGGGGCAGCCCGGCAACCGCGGGGUGAGCGA